UGGGGGUCUCGUUACAAUGUGGUGCCUACUCGUGGAAUGAGUGUGACACCUCAGCAUGAUUAUAUGCGAAGCUUGUAUGACUUGGAGUACGCGCCUAGUUGGGUGGAUGGUUUGGGCUUUGAUGAUGGAAAACUGGCCAAAAGAUCAGAGGUUGAUGGGAAAUUCUUGUCGGAGAAGCUAUUUUUCGGUGGUUCACUUGGCUAUGAAAAUCAACUGUACCAAGGUGGGUGUGGCAGUGAAAACCGUAACCAAUUCAAGGAAGAUUCUGGUGUUUUAUAUAAAAAUCCCCAUCAGGUUCUCGACCGUGAAGUCUAUACUGGGUCCUCAAGUACUGGAUACAUGGAAGAAAAAUCGUGCCUUGAGUUCUUUCACUACGAUUCAAGUAAGACACUUUACACAGCAUCGAGUCCUCCAUACCCUGAACCGUAUCCUCCUCUAGAGUCAUAUGCAACAGAGAAGAUCUUUCCAAAUUAUAAAAACUCUUGCAGCCCAUAUGAAAAAUGUGGCAAGCCCAUCGAUACAUCCUAUCAGGGUCGCGUUUCAGUAGGGAGAUCGUUGCCCACAGUGGUCAUUAGACCACCACCAGCUUCCAGUUUGGGACAAGGUAAUGCUUCUCGUAAACCUGCUGGUAGUGAGAAUGCUGCUGGAAUCCACACUGUGGAUUCUGAUUAUUCCAAUCCCUCGAAGCCUAAGGAUUCUGGUCUAAAACCCAUCUGCAAACCUAAAGGCGGCUUCUUUGAGAGUAGUCCUUUCAAGUUCUUCAAGCAAGGGAACUCUCCCGUUUCAUCAUCUUCCAUGAAAGAACUUUCACGGACACUGAAUACUAAGGAUACGUCUGAUUCCAAGGUUAAAGCAACACUAGGACCUCAAAUAUCCGAUGUGAAUGUAUCAAGUGGUUUCCCAAAGACCGGUGAUAACAUUCAAGUUGUUAAUUCCACUGAGGAGCCUUCGGAUUACAUAGAUCAUCAUAGCACUGCGGUAGAUUCACCCUGUUGGAAAGGAGCACCAUCUUCUCCGUUUUCAGUAUUUGAUAUUGAAUCAGGAAACUGUGAUAAUGUCAAGGUAAAUUUGGUCGAACAAUAUGGAUUUGGUCACGGAGAGCAUCCAAGUCUCCCUUAUUUGAUUCUAACCGGGUUUUUACUGAGAAAGUUGAGUGCAACAUGGGAAAUGAAAAUGAAUGUGGAAGAAAUGGCAUGGAGCUUGGUUUUGAGAAAACUCUUGAUGCAAGCUGCUCGACUUCAGAACCGAGUUUAUUGGAUGGUAUAACAGACAGAGUUUGGAUCCCGCCUGCGACGAGGAGCAAGGAAGUUGAGUUGAGUGGUGGUUUUACAAAGGAUUCCAAUCAACUCAAUGACUUAACUAAUGUUUUUGAUUUGAAAGUGUCUGACCCCAAGCAUUUAUUCGGUGAAGGAUGUGUUGGGAUGACGGUAAAUGACGUCUCUGAAGGUGCUGCUGUGGCAGUCCUUGCAGCAGAGAAGGUUCUCGCCUCUCCUGCUUCUCAGGAAGAUACCAUUGAGCAUAGUGCAGCACCAGAUCCGAGACUGGAUGUGUCACCAAUUGUUAAGUCAAUGCAUAGCCUCUCAGAGUUGCUUCAGUUUCACAUUUCAAGUGACGCAUGCCCUUUAGGGGAAGAAAAUACUGAGAUGCUUAAACAUGCAAUAAGCAAUCUUAGUACUUGUUUGAGUAAAAACGGCGUACAGGUCCAACCAAAGAAUAAGCCAGAACCAAAAGAUAUUUCUGGAGAAACCUCCUCUCUAGGGAAGCCAUGUUGUGAGGGUAUUGUUUCAAGAGGUCCUCAUACGAAAUGUGAAGUUUUGAAUUCUUGCACCGAUCCCGAUUCUCUGCAAUUGCAUAAGUGGGAGAGAAUCGACACUAUUCAUGGUAAGAAAGAUGAGAUAUCACCAAUAGUUUCACCCUUGAAGGAUGAUUUUCACAUAACCGGAGACGAUGAUAUGGCGAAGGCUAUAAAGAAGGUCCUUGAGAAGAAUUUCGAGAUAGAUGAGGACAUGCACUCGCAAGCACUUCUGUUCAAGAAUCUGUGGCUCGAGGCAGAGGCUAAACUGUGUUCCAUCAGUUACAAAGCUCGUUUUGAGAGAAUGAAGAUUCAGAUGGAAGGCAUCAAGCUCAAAGCUCCGAAAGAGGAUGAAGAUGUUGCAGAUGUGGCAUCUGAGCCUUGCAUUUCUCCGGAUUCUGUUAUCAUGUCGGUGCUGGCUCCAAAGGCUAUUGCUGACACAUCGCCUAAACCCACCUCACCCGGUGUAUCUGCUUCGGGCAUGAGUGGCCCUGCUGGUUGUAACGAGUCUUCCGCCCUAGCCAGGUUCAGUAUCUUGAAAUCCAGAGAGGAAAACCGAAAUCCCAUAAAUAUGGAAGACUCCGUUCUAGCCAGGUUCAAUAUCUUGAAAUCUCGAGAUGAGAACCCGAAUCCCAUAAAUAUGGAAGACUCCGUUCAAGCCAGGUUCAAUAUCUUGAAAUCUCGAGAUGAGAACCCUAAUCCCAUAAAUAUGGAAGACUCCGUUCAAGCCAGGUUCAAUAUCUUGAAAUCUUUAGAGGAGAACCUGAAUCCCGUAAAUACUGAAGAGCAGCAACAGCCUGAGAUAAUCGACGAUAAGCAUGCAGAUUCCAUCAUGGCCAGAUUCAACAUCUUGAAAUCGCGAGAGAGCUCAAAACUAGCUGAUGUGGAAGAGGAAAAACCACCACAGGCGAUCAGUGACGAGUUUGCAGGCGAGAAAUAUUUCCGGCCACUCGUCAGAGGUCAGUUGGAAGACACAGGUCCAGACGUGGUGGUGGCUAUGCAGCCCAAUUUCCAUUAUCAAGCUGGCAGCCUUGUUGGGGGUGGUAAGUUUGACUCGUAUUUUGAGCACUCUGGGUAUGAUUCUCCCAUUGAGUACAGUAGCGGAUCUGUCACUAAUGAUGCAGCAAGCGAUCUGGUGAUGAGCGGGAGCAGGCCAAUCGGUGAGAACAAGUCGGGGUGGCGCGAUAGUUCAUCCUCGUCGGAGUGGGAGCAUGUGCUGAAAGAGGAUUUUUCUUGGAAAAACUAGGGAAGUUGUUGGAUUUGAUUGUGUGCUAACUACUAUAUACUAAACGGGACAUACCAGUACGACUUCUCCCCCCCCUCUUGAGAUUGUUACAUCACUUUGUAAAUUGGGAAAAAAAUUUGUGAUGAUCGAAUUUCACUUUGAACGUAAUGUGUUACCUGGUCUCUGUAUAUUAGGAAUUUAGAAUACUAAAUUCUUGAUUUCAUGUAUAUUUGGUGAAAAUUUCCUUGUUAAUCUUGGCUGUUAAA